ACUAAAUUCGUAAAAUAUUAUUCCCCGACAUUUACCUAUGGAGGAUUUCAACGGGGGGGAGACAGCUAAUGUUAACUUUUAGUCUGUAGCCGCCAUUAUACCACCGAAGAAGCGCAUCCCGCCCUCCUUGAGUCUUUUCUUCUUCUUCUCCUUGCUAUCGGAAAUCAUGGAGACUUCGUCGGUGUACAUGUGCUUCCCCUGCUACCAGGAGUUUAAUACCCUGGAAGAAGUCCUCAAGCACCAGUUGACAUGCACUGCUGAAGAGGAACAAUCCGGCACAUCUGGAACCACCCCUGUGACAGUUCCAGUGCUGCAGGCACAGCAACAAGUAAUAAAUAUAUCCAGGACAGUUUCAGUCCCACAGAUUGAAGUCCUCGCAGGACAUUCCUCUGAGCAGCAGGUUAGCAGCGAACUCAGUCAGAUUCAAGAAAUUGAAACGCAAGCAUCAGAUCAGCCCAGAAUCCUCUACCAGUGUGGGGAUUGUGAUGAACUUUUCAAGAGCCUCGACCUAUGGCAGCAACACCGUAAAGAAGAGACAUGCCAGCAAGCUGCUUCUGAAAACAAGUCAAACCCAGAUUCACAGGUUGAGCCAGAGAUCUCGUCAGCUGAGAGCUUUGCUGCACCCUUAAAUCCAGAUGAGCCUUCUCCUUCUCAGAUUGAAAGUAGCAAACAUCUAAAACCAGAGCCAGAGGAUGAACAUACAGAAGAGGAAGAGACGCAGGAGUGUGUACAGACCUCUUCGUCCCAAAGCCCUGAUGCUCAUGUUGCUGAAGUGGCUGUUUCAGUUUCUAAUCAAGAUGAUUCAUCUCCCAGGAGGAGAGGGGCAAACAAAAAGCCUAAGCCUGAGCCAGUGCUGUUAUGUGUGGACUGUGGCUCAUGUUUCGGCCUGGUGUCUGAGCUGGUGGCCCAUCGCAAGACCCAACAUGGCUUUGAGGAAGCUCUGCACCGCUGCUCCGUGUGUGGAGAAAGCUUUCUCAAUACCACCCUCUUCCUUUAUCAUCGCAAGCAACACAGGCAGAAGGGCGAAGAAAAGGUCGUAGUUGUUCCUGAAGUGACACCAGAGGAAGUUAAUAACCAGAGCAAUGGGACGGAUGGAAAUGACGCCACACCUUCCACCACCAGUUUUACCUCCACGUUCACCCAGCCUGAAUUGUUCUUCUGCAGCAAGUGUGGACAGAGCUUUGGUGACGAGGGAGGGUUGGUUACACAUCGGAAGAAGCAGCAUGACCUCAGUGAGCCCCUGCACUGUUGUUCCUACUGUGGGGAGAGUUUCAUGAACACAACCCAGUACCUUUACCACUGGCGUCUGCACCGCUUCACGAUAGUCACGGAGUUGGAAGAUGGGACUGAAAUUGGUGAUGAAACAGCCGCCUCUAAAUUUGAAGAUGGUGCACAGGGUACAAAGCGGGUGCAGUCCCCUUCUGCUGGUGAAUCUGGUUCCCCCCUUCAUAAGAGAAGCAGGCCUUCUUUUAGGGUCGUGAGUGCUAAUGCACUAAAAGGAAACAAAGGUUCAGGCACUAAAGAAGAUUUAGAGGGAAGCACUGCAGCAGAGUCGGACAACACCAAUCACCCUCCACCUGCCAAGCUGUUACAGGACUGGGCCCGAACGCCACUGCCCCAUGUUUGCCCUUACUGUGGCAAAACCUUCACCCGACGUGUUUUCCUUCGCACUCAUGUCUACAGCCACACCGGAGAAAAGCUCUUCACAUGCAAGGUGUGCACAAAGUCAUUCACCAAUUCCCAGAGCCUACUGCGCCACAGCAUGAGCCACACAGGCAACAAGCCCUAUUGCUGCGAUGUUUGCGGCAAAAACUUCUCCCAGGCAGCUACGCUGAAGAGACACCAGCUCAUUCACACAUCAGUGCAUCCUCAGCGCAAACGGGGACGCAAACCAAUGUGUGCUCUGGACAGUGAGGGAGCAGCUCAUCUCUUCGCCUGUCCUAACUGUCCUUCACGGUUUAACACUGAGGAUCAGCUGAACCAUCACAAAUUGCUCCACACCAGCCACCCGUUUCCAUGCCCUGAGUGUGGAGAGGCCUUCAAACGCAGGAAAGACCUGGAUCUACACUCCCUUACACAUCAAGACAAGCAUCCAGCGACAUGUCCUCACUGUUCGUCUCAGUUUGUCAACCAGUCUGUGCUGGAAAUCCACUUGCAGCGUUGUCCAUCUACAGAGGAGGAGAAGAAUACAGGCCGUGGUCGUGGCCAGGGCCGUGGACGCUGCACUGGACAGAUCGAGUGUGACCUUUGUGGCCACCGCUGCAUGACUCAAGAGGGCCUCGACCUCCAUCGAUUAUCCCACACAGGCCAGACACCUCUGAAAUGCCCGGUGAGACCAUGCCGCCGCCGAUUUACCUCCAACUCAGCCCUGGAGGAGCAUGUGCUGGCGCAUUUCCAAGGAACGCUCGGCAAGUCCAAAAAUCGACCUCGCUUCCGCUGUGACAUUUGCCUCAAAGAAUUUGCCUACAACUCCACCUUCAGUGUUCACAUGAGGACACACACCAAUGAGAGGCCCUUUGAGUGCACCACAUGUGGGAAGCGCUUCCGCCAGCUGCCACAUCUGCAGGACCACGAGCGAAUCCACUCUGGCCUGCGACCUUUCUGCUGCUGGAUCUGUGGAAAGAGUUUCAGUGUUGCCGCUCGUCUCACCGAGCACGCUCGCACACACAGCGGUGAGAAGCCAUACCCCUGUCCUCACUGCUCCGCUGCCUUUCGCUCGCGCCCCAACCUGGACAAGCACAUCCGGCUACAUGGAGACCUGCCCCAGGAAGCCACUGAGCAGGUGGUACAGGCAGCUGAGGCCGCCCAGGUCCAGAAGGUGCUGGAGGGGGCUAAAGUACUGUCAUCUUUGGCCAGCACAACAGAAAUUGAUGCUGGGGCUGUACAGACCAUCUACGUGCUGCAGGGAGCUGAAGGAACCACUGAGACAGUCAUGAUCCCGUCGGAUCAACUCACUGGCAUAGAGGGAACGUCCCAGGUUGUCAUCCUACCUUCUUCUGUUCUGGGAACUCAGGCUAUCUCUGUUCCAACCAUCACCAUGGAUGAGAGUGAAAUCACUAUGGUGGAGACGGGCCAGUCACCUCAACAUGCCAUUGAGUUCAUUGUGGAGGAGACUGUCUGAAGCAUGUUAGAAACAACGGCUGCACUGUGGAAUAAGAAAGAAAUGCAGAGAGCAGAAAAUAGAGACAAAUCAAAAAGUUUCACAGUUGAAAUGAUUAUCUUAUACUGUAUGUAUAUAGUUUAAUAGAUUGCUAAUCUACUUUAAACAAAUAUUCCAACCUGAGUAAUAAUUUUACAGUCUAAGUGGGGGAAAAUACUUUUGAAGCAGCAUUAAUGACAUAAAAAUUGACGUGUUCAUGAGAUUAUAUUAGAGCAGUCAUUUGAAGUAAUUUAAAAAUAAGUUGUGAAAUUAGAUUUUGGUUAUUUGCUAGCGUGUAUGUACAGCUCCUGUUUAUUAGGGGAACACUUGGGCACCAAUGAAAAAUUAUCUGCUUUCUUAAUAAUAAAACACUUUAGCUUUU